AUGCUGCCGUACCUGUUCCCUGAGCUGUCCGCCUUUGCUACAGUCGCCGAUCUUAUCACUCACCUUCGCACUAGUGAUGCUCGCCUGCGUGCCGCCCUUCCCACCGAGUUCUGCGCUAAGAAUCCCCCUCCACUGUACUGGACACUCCACUUCAUAGUCACCCGUCUCCCUGACACCCUCAGCUCAGUUCGAGACCACUUCCUUGCUCGCUGUCCCACUGAGCUCACAGUCGCCCUCCUAGAGGAGCAGCUGCUAGCGGCCGAAAAGAGCAUUGUAGCUGUCGGUGCUGCUCGUGGCGCUCCUCGCACCCCCAUCUUUGAGGGGUGUUCUCCCUCUCCCCUCGCUCCCUCCUACGCUACUGCUGCUGCUGUUGACUUCCUUGGUGCUGAGUCUGCUGGCGCUGCUUCUGCUCCUGGUGGGAGGCGCCGCACCGGCAAGGGCAAGGGGGGCAAGGGUGGCGGGGGUGGCGCUGGGGGGGGAGGAGGUGGGGGAGGUGGGGGGGGAGGCGGUGCUGGAGGGAGCGGUGGCGGGAGCGCUGGUGGGAGUGGGGUCGGCGGUGGAGGCGGGGGCGGCGGAGGAAGCAGUGGCAGUAGUGGCGGCGGCGGCGGUGGCGGCGGUGGCGGCGGUGGCGGUGGUGGCGGUGGCGGUCGGAGCGGUGGUAGUGGUGGCGGCGGAGGUCGGAGUGGAGGCACUGGCUCGGGCCAGAGCUCCCAGCAGCAGCAGCGUCCCCAGACGACCCAACAGCUUCACGUGUGGGAGGUUCCACACCCCGUACCGUUGCUUCUCCCGCCUUGA